AUGUUGCAGAGGAUACCGUCCACCUACAAAUGCACGCCUUCGACAUCAGCAACCCCACGCAAGAUCAUGGAGCGACUCGCCGACGCGGCAAUUUCCCUGGUGUGCGAAAACAAUAACCUGAUGGGAACCAUCGACGCUCUUCAGUGUGUCAUUCUCCAAACUGUAUAUCUGGCAAAUGGUGGAAACCUUAGACUAUCUCUCUUGGCCUGCCGUAGAGCAGUAUCAAUCGCCCAACUCAUGGGCAUCCACCGCCCCCACGAUCAAUCGCCCGUUAAGACAGUCGAGCCCUCCGGGCCCCCUGACACCCGCUUCGUCUGGUUCCGGAUAGUCUACAUUGAGCGUUUCAUUUGCCUCCUGUUGGGCCUGCCGGAUAGCACUAGGGACCACUUCUCAGGUCUAGCCUCGGACGGAAGUAUCCUCCCACCUCUCGACGACCAUCCCCUAGGGAGGCUUGAGCAGGUACAUUGCGCAGUUGCAUCCAGAAUCAUUCAAAGGAACCAGAAAGACACUCAUGCCAGCAUGUUCGAAACAACUCAUACCCUCGACCUUGAAAUGCGCAUGGCAGCCGCCGCCAUGCCCCCACGGUGGUGGACCCUCCCCAAGUUCACCUCACUUGGCAACAAACCACUCACCUCGGUAACAGAAAGUCUACGCCUCUGCGGGCAAAUAUUCCACUACUUUCUUCUGGUCCAACUCCAUCUCCUCUUUAUGCUUCGCAGCUCACCCUCCGGCGCAGCAUGCACUAGCAGGAUCGCCUGCAUGGACGCAUCCCGCGAAAUACUCUCGCGGUUUGUGGCUAUACGCAGUGCCAUUGGUGUCUGUAGUGUACCCGAUGCAGCAGACUUCUUCGCCCUCAUAGCCGCCAUGACUCUCCUCCUGGCUCAUGUUGAUGCGCGUAGACGGGAUCGUGGGAACGAUGUGCUGGCGCACCAGAGACAUACAGAUCGUGACAAGGUUGAAGAGGCGCUGGAGUUGAUGCGAGAGGGGAGCUCGACAUCGACGGAUAUGCUAGCUAUGAAGAGUGCGGAUGUGCUGGUGAGGCUACUCGAUAUCGAGGCUCAUGCGGCAAGAGGCUCAGUUUUUACUGCAAACUCAACAACUGGCUCGAUGUUGACACCAUCUUCGGAGAUCAGAGAAGCUCAGAGGGGAGAGUCGAGUGUCCUGCGGCUCAAGAUUCCGUGCUAUGGCACCGUCACUAUCUCCCCCGACGCACUUCUUUCAAGAGAGCCUUUCAGGCCGUUCAAUAACCAAGUCUCACAGGAUCAAGGGCGUGCCGAUGCUAGUACUAUGUCGGCCGUUGCACCGGCUGUGCUCAUGGAGAUGGAUGAGACAGUAGGAUCAAAACCAAGUGCGCCAUUGAGCUCCGAUCAAGGUCUUCUAUUGCGUCCAACUACCGAUGGAAAUUGGCUCACAGAGGGCCCAAGCCAUCAGCUUUAUGGUUCCGGGUUCUCUGUAGGAGUGGAAGACUGGGCAUUUCAAGGAGUGGAUGCGGCAUUCUUUGACAGCAUGAUUAGGGGGUUCGAGGAAUCGGACUCAACUUGA